GAAAACUUAACGAGAACCAGAUGUGGUGGCAGCUGCCGAACUUUCUCAGAGCCGGUGAUUGGUCGCCGGCCGAGGGCCGCAGCCAACCAGCGCUCUGGGCGGGCCUGGAAUCCCGCCCCGCCCGGGCGCCCGGGGUUCCAGGUUCGAGGCUGGCGCGGCGCGGCCAGUGGGCAGGCGGGCCGGGCCGGGACGCGCUCUGCGGCGGGGCAGCCCACGGGCCGAGCGAGCAUGCGGGGGGACCGGGCCGCCGGGCGGCGGGCGCUGCCGUCGCCACUUCUGCUGCUGCUGCUGCUGUCGCGGGUCGCGGCGCUGCACCGGGGCGAGCUCUUCCCCCACGGGGAGUUGUGGGGCGACCAGCUCCUGCUGGAAGGCGACGACGAAAGCUCAGCCGCGGUGAAGUUGGCGAUUCCCUUGCGCUUCUACGAGGCCCAGUUCAGCAACCUCUACGUGGGCACCAACGGCAUCAUCUCCACCCAGGACUUCCCCAGGGAGACUCAGUAUGUGGACGAUGACUUCCCCACAGACUUCCCGGCCAUCGCCCCUUUCCUGGCCGACAUCGACACGAGCCACGGCAGGGGCCGGGUCCUGUACCGCGAGGACACCUCCCCGCCAGUGCUGGGCCUGGCGGCUCGCUAUGUGCGCGCAGGCUUCCCGCGCUCCGCCGCGCGCUUUACCCCCACCCACGUCUUCCUGGCCACCUGGGAGCAGGUGGGCGCCUAUGAGGAGGUCACACGCGGGGCGGCGCCCUCGGGGGAGCUGAACACUUUCCAGGCAGUUUUGGCAUCUGAUGGAUCUGAUACCUACGCCCUCUUUCUUUAUCCUGCCGAUGGCCUUCAGUUCUUUGGAACACGCCCCAAGGAGUCUUACAACGUGCAGCUCCAGCUGCCAGCUCGGGUGGGCUUCUGCCGAGGGGAGGCUGAUGACCUAAAGAGAGAAGGACCAUAUUUCAGCUUGACUAGCACUGAACAGUCUGUGAAAAAUCUCUACCAACUAAGCAACCUGGGCAUCCCUGGAGUGUGGGCUUUCCAUAUUGGCAGCACCUCCCCAUUGGAUAAUGUUAAGCCAGCAACAGCUGGAGGAGAACUCUCCACUGCCCACUCUUCAGCUCCCUUGGAGCAUUCCUUCAGCCAUGCGGCAGCCCUAGAGAGCGACUACACUGAGGACAACUUGGAUUAUUAUGAUGAGAAUGAAGAGGAAGUGGAAUACCCCCCGGGUGAACCAGAGGAGGCAUCCAACAGCCACAGCAGCAUUGAUGUUGCCUUCCACCCAGAAGCUGAUUCAGAGCCUGUAGGAGAAUCUGCCACCUUGGACCCUCAAACCAAAGAGGGGGCAUCUUUGGAGGAGAUAGAGGCCCCCAAUUUAAAAGUUGAGUCUUCAGACCAGACAGGGACCAGAAGCCUGGCUCCACCUGAGGUGGAUGGAGAGUCACUGGCUCCUUCCGGGGAAGCCCCACCACCCCACCCUGGAAACAGAAGCAUGCAGCCCCACCCAGGUGAAGCGGCAGUACCUUCAGAAAGGGAUGUUCCUCCAGCCCAUCCUGAAGGAGAAGUUGUUCUUCCAAAUUACCCUGUGCCGGGUCACACUCCACCCCUGGGUCGAGGGACGUAUGUAGUAGGAGUGGAAGAUGACAUCGGUUCCAACACCCAGGUCUUCACGUAUAAUGCUGCCAACAAGGAAACCUGCGAACACAACCACGGACAGUGCUCCCGGCAUGCCUUCUGCACGGACUAUGCCACCGGCUUUUGCUGCCACUGCCAGUCCAGCUUCUACGGAAACGGGAAGCACUGUCUACCGGAAGGGGCACCUCAUCGAGUCAAUGGGAAAGUGAGUGGCCACCUCCGCGUGGGCCACACGACCACCGUGAGCUUCACCGACAUGGACCUGCAUGCCUACGUCGUGGGCAACGAUGGCAGGGCCUACACGGCCAUCAGCCACAUCCCGCAGCCGGCAGCCCAGGCCCUUCUGCCCCUCACUCCAAUCGGAGGCCUGUUUGGCUGGCUCUUUGCUUUAGAAAAACCAGGCUCUGAGAACGGCUUCAGCCUCACAGGUGCUACCUUUAUCCAUGACAUGGAAGUUACUUUUUACCCGGGAGAGGAGAGGGUUCGUAUCACUCAAACUGCCGAGGGACUUGACCCAGAGAACUAUCUGAGCAUUAAGACCAGCAUUCAAGGGCAGGUGCCUUACAUCCCAGCAAAUUUCACGGCCCACGUUUCUCCCUACAAGGAGCUUUACCAUUACUCGGACUCAGCUGUGACCUCCACAAGUUCCAGAGACUACUCUCUAACUUUUGGUGCAAUCAACCAAACACGGUCCUACCGCAUGCAGCAGAACAUCACUUACCAGGUGUGCAGGCACGCCCCCAGACACCCGACCAGCCCCACCACCCAGCAGCUGAACGUGGACCGAGUUUUUGCCUUGUACAGUGAUGAAGAAAGAGUACUUAGAUUUGCUGUGACCAAUCAAAUUGGCCCUGUUGAAGAGGACUCAGACCCUACUCCAGUGAAUCCUUGCUAUGAUGGGAGCCACACAUGUGACACAACAGCCCGGUGCCAUCCGGGGACAGGUGUAGACUACACCUGCGAGUGUGCAUCGGGAUACCAGGGAGACGGACGGAGUUGUGUGGAUGUAAAUGAAUGUGCAACUGGCUUCCAUCGCUGUGGCCCCAACUCUGUGUGUAUCAACUUGCCUGGGAGCUACAGGUGUGAGUGCCGGAGCGGUUAUGAGUUUGCAGAUGACCAGCACACUUGCAUCUUGAUCGCCCCGCCUCCCAACCCCUGUGAGGAUGGCAGUCACACCUGCGCGCCUGCUGGGCAGGCCCGGUGCAUUCACCACGGAGGCAGCACGUUCAGCUGCGCCUGCCUGCCUGGGUACACGGGCGACGGGCACCAGUGUUCCGAUGUUGAUGAAUGCACGGAAAACAGAUGUCACCCCUCAGCUACCUGCUACAAUACCCCUGGUUCCUUCUCCUGCCAUUGCCAACCUGGAUAUCACGGGGAUGGACUUCAGUGCACACCUGACUCGCCCUCGGGCCUGAAGCCCUGUGAACACCAGCAACGCCAUGCCCGAGCACAGCAUGCCUACCCUGGGGCCCGGCUCCACAUCCCCCAGUGCGAUGAGCAGGGCAACUUCCUACCACUGCAAUGUCACGGCAGCACCGGCUUCUGCUGGUGUGUGGACCAUGAUGGUCAUGAAGUACCUGAUACCCGGACUCCACCUGGCUCUACCCCACCCCACUGUGGACCACCACCAGAGCCCACCCAGAGGCCCCAGACUGUCUGUGAGCGCUGGAGGGAAAACCUGCUAGAGCACUAUGGCGGCUCGCCCCGGGAUGACCAGUACGUGCCCCAGUGCGAUGACCUGGGCCACUUCACCCCCCUGCAGUGCCAUGGGAAGAGCGACUUCUGCUGGUGUGUGGACAAAGACGGCAGAGAGGUGCAGGGCACGCGCUCCCAGCCGGGCACCACCCCUGCGUGUAUACCCACGGUCGCUCCGCCCACCGUCCGGCCCACGCCCCGGCCUGACGUGACGCCUCCGGCCGUGGGCACCUUCCUGCUGUAUGCCCAGGGCCAGCAGAUCGGCCACUUGCCCCUCAACGGCACCAGGCUUCAGAAGGGCGCAGCCAGGACCCUGCUGUCGCUGCAUGGCUCCAUAGUCGUUGGAAUCGAUUACGACUGCCGGGAGAGGAUGGUGUACUGGACAGAUGUUGCUGGGCGAACAAUCAGCCGUGCCAGUCUGGAACUGGGAGCAGAGCCUGAGACGAUUGUUAAUUCAGGUCUGAUAAGCCCCGAAGGACUUGCCAUCGACCAUUUCCGCAGAACAAUGUACUGGACAGACAGUGGCCUGGAUAAGAUAGAGAGGGCUCGGCUGGAUGGCUCUGAGCGCAAGGUCCUCUUCCACACGGAUCUGGUGAAUCCCCGCGCCAUUGCUGUGGAUCCAAUCCGAGGCAACUUGUACUGGACAGACUGGAAUAGAGAAGCUCCUAAAAUUGAAACUUCUUCUUUAGAUGGAGAAAACAGAAGAAUUCUGAUCAAUAAAGACAUUGGAUUACCCAAUGGUUUAACCUUUGACCCCUUCUCCAAACUGCUCUGCUGGGCAGAUGCAGGAACCAAAAAACUGGAGUGCACACUACCUGAUGGAACUGGACGGCGUGUCAUUCAAAAUAACCUUAACUACCCCUUCAGCAUUGUUAGCUAUGCAGAUCACUUCUACCACACGGACUGGAGGAGGGAUGGUGUUAUAUCAGUAAAUAAAGACAGCGGUCAGUUUACUGAUGAGUAUCUCCCAGAGCAGCGAUCUCAUCUCUACGGGAUAACUGCGGUCUACCCCUAUUGCCCCACAGGAAGAAAGUAAACAGGACAAUGUAAAGGUGGAGUUGGAGUUUACAAUAAGGACCUGGACCCAAAAGAACACGUACUGCAAACAAAGGCGAAGAAAGUGGAAAAGGAAUUGGCCAUGAGAAGUUCCUGGACAUACAAGAUGAACAUUUGUAGUGCAAAAAGACUAAGUAUAUUUUGUGAAAAGUUUAUACCUCAAUCUUUACUACUGUAUCUUUAAAAACAAACAAAGGUUGUCAUUGCAAGUUUUAAAAAAAUAGAAUCUUAAUUGUUGCUUAUUAAAGCAACUUUUUGUAAACAUCAUAUUUAAAAGGUCAAAUUCAACUAAGAACCAAUUAGAGUUUAAGACUCUAAAUCUGAAUUUUGCUAUGGAUUCUUUCUGGCCAAGAAAAUGUGAUGAGUAUGAAAAUAUACAAUCCUAAACUUUGACAUAGAGAAGGCAAUGCAGAACUCAUGGGAAAUGACCAAUUAUUUAUAGUUUCCCAACAAAAGGUAUUUUUUUUUUUUUUUUUUUACCUCUGCAUCAGUGCAUUUCUAUUUAUAUCAAAAGGUGCUAGAAUGAUUCAAUCUGUAUUUUCUGAUCCUUGUUAAUGCCUCUAUAGAAGUACCCACAGAAAAUACAUUAAUAAAUACCAAAGACAUAACAGUUCUCAAAUUUUCUAUAUUCCAAUAAAAUAUUUUAAGUUUUCCUAUGA